AAUAUAAAAAAGUGUGCUUUUAUUUUUUAUUUUGCCUAAAUUACCCUCAUCUUCUCUUCUCUUUCUCGUUUUUUCUUAUGACUCCUCCAUUUCAAUAAUAUAAUAUUCCGCCACAGCGCCGCCAUGAUAGAUCACCACUCCGUUAUGCUUUUCUUCGUUCUGCAAAUUAGUUCCCAAAUCUUUUCAAAGUGGUCAAAAUAAUUGCAGAAUUAUUUUUUUUACAAAAACGCGGGAUUGCUCUUCUCACAAUACCCUAGUUCUUCUUCACCGUUUCAAUUUCCCUUUGACAGAUCAAAAACCCAGUCUCUCUUCUCCUCACAAUAUUGUUUCUCAAAACAAUUAUUUUUUCCAUAUCUCUGUAGAAACAAAUCUUUGUCGCCGUGAAACAACUUUCCAUCUUUCUUGUGUUUUUUCUCCGACUUGCCGUCGUCGUUCCCUUUUUUCAGUUUGAAAUUGAAGAGUUUUGGAUUGAAAUUGAAGACUGAUUGUAACCAAUUUUAAAGUUGGAAAGCUUCAGGGUAAUAGAAAAAGAAGAUGAAAUAUUAUAUGUUACUUCAAUUUCAGGGUAAUAAUAGAAAGGAAAAGCCUCAGUUUUUUUUUUUUUUUUUUUCAUAUAUGAAGAAACGUGAUAUUGAUAGAAAGAAAGAAAAUUUGACGAGUUGUGACAGAUUCUCAAGUGGGUGUAGGGCAAUUUUGUCUUUAAUUUUUUUAUGAGACAUACUUUAUGAUACUGCUUAUUUCAAAGUAAAAUAAAUGAGAUCUACCGUCAUUUAUUACUCCUUAACAUGUGCAUUAGCACCCAACUUUUAUUUGGGCCAUGCAGACACGUACCCAUCUUCUCCGGCCCAACAUUGCAUUCUGGAAGCAGCAACCCUACCAAUAAAACCCUAAUCAACUGCUCAUUCUCAUUCUCUCUCACAGCCGUCUCGUCUCCUCCUACUGCUCAUUCUGUCGGUGGAGAUCGGCAUUCACUUUCGUUUCUCAACUAAUUCUGUUUUCUGUGUGGAUUAUUUACAAGACUAGUCAAGAUGGUGAAGUUUACAGCUGAUGAGUUACGUCGUAUUAUGGACUACAAACACAACAUUCGUAAUAUGUCUGUCAUUGCUCAUGUUGAUCACGGAAAAUCAACUUUGACAGAUUCCCUUGUUGCUGCUGCUGGAAUUAUAGCACAAGAGGUUGCUGGAGAUGUUCGGAUGACAGAUACCCGUGCUGAUGAAGCUGAGCGUGGUAUCACUAUCAAGUCAACCGGUAUCUCUCUAUACUAUGAGAUGUCUGAUGAGUCUCUCAAGAGUUACAAGGGAGAGCGCAAUGGGAAUGAGUAUCUCAUUAAUCUUAUCGAUUCCCCUGGGCACGUCGACUUCUCAUCUGAGGUUACCGCUGCACUACGGAUUACUGAUGGAGCACUAGUGGUGGUGGAUUGUGUUGAGGGUGUCUGCGUACAAACUGAAACUGUGCUCCGACAGGCCCUUGGAGAAAGGAUCAGGCCUGUUCUUACAGUUAACAAGAUGGACAGAUGCUUUCUUGAGCUCCAGGUUGAUGGUGAGGAAGCUUAUCAGACCUUCCAGAGAGUUAUUGAGAAUGCUAAUGUGAUCAUGGCUACAUAUGAAGAUCCAUUGCUUGGUGACGUUCAAGUGUAUCCCGAGAAAGGAACUGUUGCUUUCUCUGCUGGUUUGCAUGGUUGGGCUUUUACACUGACCAACUUUGCAAAGAUGUAUGCCUCCAAAUUUGGUGUUGACGAGUCAAAGAUGAUGGAGAGGCUUUGGGGUGAAAAUUUCUUUGAUCCUGCCACUAAGAAAUGGACAACCAAAAAUACUGGUUCAGCUACUUGCAAAAGAGGGUUUGUUCAGUUCUGUUAUGAGCCUAUAAAGCAGGUUAUUAACACUUGUAUGAAUGAUCAGAAGGACAAGUUGUGGCCUAUGCUGACAAAGCUAGGAUGCAGCUUGAAGUCAGAGGAGAAGGACUUGAUGGGUAAGCCUUUGAUGAAACGUGUCAUGCAGACUUGGCUCCCAGCAAGCAGUGCACUUCUUGAAAUGAUGAUCUUUCAUCUUCCCUCUCCAUCUACAGCCCAGAGGUAUCGUGUUGAGAACUUGUACGAGGGUCCCCUUGAUGAUCAAUAUGCUAAUGCUAUCAGAAACUGUGACCCUGAAGGACCUCUGAUGCUUUAUGUGUCAAAGAUGAUUCCCGCUAACGAUAAAGGAAGGUUUUUUGCUUUUGGACGUGUAUUUGCUGGUAAAGUUUCAACUGGUUUGAAGGUCAGAAUUAUGGGACCAAAUUAUGUCCCUGGGGAGAAGAAAGAUUUGUAUGUGAAAAGUGUUCAGAGAACUGUCAUUUGGAUGGGAAAGAGACAGGAGACUGUUGAGGAUGUGCCCUGUGGUAACACAGUUGCUAUGGUUGGUUUGGAUCAAUUUAUCACCAAGAAUGCUACAUUGACAAAUGAGAAGGAAGUCGAUGCACACCCUAUUCGUGCUAUGAAGUUUUCUGUCUCACCUGUUGUCCGUGUUGCUGUUCAGUGCAAGGUUGCUUCAGAUCUUCCUAAGCUUGUUGAAGGUCUCAAACGUCUUGCUAAGUCAGAUCCUAUGGUUGUUUGUACUAUUGAGGAGUCUGGAGAACACAUUGUUGCUGGUGCAGGAGAGCUUCAUCUUGAGAUCUGUUUGAAGGAUUUGCAGGAUGAUUUCAUGGGUGGAGCUGAAAUUAUUAAGUCUGACCCUGUUGUGUCAUUCAGAGAGACUGUUCUUGAGAGAUCAUGCCGCACAGUGAUGAGUAAAUCACCAAACAAGCACAACAGGUUGUACAUGGAAGCAAGACCUUUAGAAGAUGGGCUUGCAGAGGCCAUUGAUGAAGGCACAAUUGGACCAAGGGAUGACCCCAAGAACCGAUCCAAAAUCCUGUCCGAACAGUAUGGUUGGGAUAAGGAUCUUGCCAAGAAAAUUUGGUGUUUUGGACCUGAGACCACUGGACCCAACAUGGUGGUUGAUAUGUGUAAGGGAGUCCAAUACUUGAAUGAAAUCAAGGAUUCUGUUGUUGCUGGGUUCCAGUGGGCAUCAAAAGAAGGUGCUUUGUCUGAAGAAAACAUGAGAGGCAUAUGCUUUGAAGUAUGUGAUGUUGUCCUCCACACAGAUGCUAUCCACAGAGGAGGUGGUCAGAUCAUUCCUACUGCCAGGAGAGUCUUCUAUGCCUCACAGCUGACAGCCAAACCCAGGCUUCUUGAGCCUGUUUACAUGGUGGAAAUUCAAGCUCCUGAGCAAGCUCUUGGUGGUAUAUACAGUGUUCUUAAUCAGAAACGUGGACAUGUCUUUGAAGAACUACAGAGGCCUGGUACUCCACUCUACAACAUCAAGGCAUACCUUCCUGUUAUCGAGUCUUUUGGAUUCUCCAGUCAAUUGAGGGCUGCAACAUCAGGACAGGCUUUCCCUCAGUGUGUGUUUGAUCAUUGGGACAUGAUGUCAUCAGAUCCAUUGGAGGCUGGCUCACAAGCUGCAACACUUGUUACUGAUAUUCGUAAGAGGAAGGGCUUGAAGGAGCAGAUGACACCCCUCUCUGAGUUUGAAGAUAAGCUUUAAAUGGAAGACUAUUUUUAUUUUUAUUACUAUUUUCUCGUUAUUUAAACUGUUGCCUAUUUUUGAAAGUUCAGUAUCUUGAGUUGUCUUUUUCGUUUUUCCGUGAAUUGUGUUGUACUUUGGAUGAUUUGUCUGAGUCGGUGUAUUUUUGGUCUGGUUUGGAUUUGCGCAAUCGUGCUGUUCAGCCUUAUAUUAUAUGCACAUUUUAUUUUAAA